AUGGAGCUCCGAAUAGGCUCAGACCCCUUCCCCCACACGCCAAAAGGAGGAAAAGAAGGCAAGAGGCAUGCACAUUUUUUUAAAGUCAACACGCAGUGCCAGGGGCUCUUUUGGAAAAUCCGCUCCGCCCGGGACUUUCGGACUUCUUUCCACCUGCCGGCGGCGCCCGGGGCCCGCGCCUCCGCCGGCGGCCGUCCGGCCACACGCUCCGGGGAACAAAAGCCCGCGGGUCGCCGGCUCGCAAAAUUUACCGAGUUUCCGCGGAACGUGACGGCCACCGAGGGGCAGAAUGUGGAGAUGUCCUGCGCCUUCCAGAGCGGCUCCGCCUCGGUGUACCUGGAGAUCCAGUGGUGGUUCCUGAGGGGCCCGGAGGACCCGGAGCCUGGGGCCGAGGGGGCCGGCACGCAGGUGGAGCUCGCGCCGGACAGAGACCCGGACCUCGACGGGACCAAGAUCAGUACAGUGAAAGUCCAAGGCAAUGACAUCUCUCACAAACUUCAGAUUUCCAAAGUGAGGAAAAAGGAUGAAGGCUUAUAUGAGUGCAGGGUGACGGAUGCCAAUUACGGGGAGCUUCAGGAACACAAGGCCCAGGCCUAUCUGAAAGUCAAUGCCAACAGCCAUGCGCGCAGGAUGCAGGCCUUUGAAGCCUCGCCCAUGUGGCUGCAAGACAUGAAGCCUCGCAAGAAUGUCUCAGCCGCCGUUCCCAGCAGCAUGCACAGCUCUGCCAACCAACGAACGCACGCCACCUCCAGCCCUCAAGCAGUAGCCAAAAUCCCCAAGCAAAGUCCACAAUCAGGUGCGAGGAUAGCUACAAGCCAUGGACUUUCUGUCCUGCUUCUUGUUUGUGGCUUUGUGAAGGGUGCUUUGCUUUAAUCUAAAGUGCUGACUUUUUUCCAAUAUCACUUUCUCUUCUUAAAGCAAAGAGCAAAUCGCCUGUAAAAUCUACGGAGCGGACAGCAAAGUUGACCCUAAACUCCAAGCACCACCCUGCACCCACUCUACUAUAAUUAACUACACAAGGAGCGCCUGCUUCCGGACGCAUAAAUGAAGAGGCUAUCACACGCUUUGUUGAUAAUAUUUUCUUUGGCAAAUCACUGAUCCUUUAUUUCAAGAGAAUUAGUGUGAAGUGAUAGGACAUUUUCUAAUAGCAAGAUCUAUUUUUUUCCUUUUCUUUCGACGACUGAAAUCAUCAUCUCACUGACUGCUCAGGGGUUGGCCAGAACGUCAUCAGUAGAGUAGAUGUUUUACUGUGGAUACUCCUAGUUUCAUACUAAAGACUCAUUAUCUGCAGGAAGCAAACAGAGAUUAAAAAGCUACAACACACAAACUAUCAUCAAACAAAACCCCCCUUUAGGGGCAAGAACAAAAUUAUCAACAUUGAAAGUCAACAAGGAGGACGUUAUUUUAAAUAUGGAAUACUAUAAGAAUUUUUUUAAUUUUCCCUUUUUUCUUGGAUUUUUCUUCUUUUUCUUGAUUACAGUUCUUGUUCAAUAGUGGCAAGUACUGAUAUUGGCCAAUCCUUGUCAAUCCUGGGAGAUUUAUAUAAAUACAUUUUGAGUGUUCUAUAUUUCAAUGUAUUUUGAUUCAUUUCACAAUUCUUGUAUAUGCAAACUUGACAAAUUCUGUAAAUUGCUUAUAGUAUGUGUGCUAUAACUUCAAAGUAGAUGUACUAUGACCCUCAUGCAAGCUGAUUUUUAUCAUUAUAUCUAUAAAUAUAUACUUAUGAAUACCUAUGUGUUGGGUCACUGACCAACUUUUUUCACCACACAUUUGUUUUUCAUGUAUAAUCCAUGCAUUGUGUGAACUUUGCGAUGCAUCAUUUCACUUCCACGGGUUGGACAGCUGCAGACGGUCUUUGUUGUCCUCUGCUUCCUUCUGGAAAAUGCGUAUUCAAAACUGUAGUCUCUCAUAUAUGAAUUAAUUUUGUUGUGUAUGUGCUAUGUUGGAAUUUGCUAUGUUUCUUUAUACAUGGUAUUCACUGAGAUUUGAGAGUCUUAACUCUGAAGAAUGUACACUUUCUGGGUUUGGAAGCUACCCCUGUAUUAUUAUCAUUAUGAUUGUUGUUGAAAAGGAAUUUUGCUUCUAGAAAAUUUACCUUGAAGGUGAAUGAGAAGAAGGUGAAACACUCACCAUAAUCCCCUAAAUUUAUGGAAGAACACACUUCUUGCUGUGGCUAAAAAUGCUGCUUCCUUUGACCUUAUGAAUUUUUGUAACUUGUCAUUCUGUUAUUUGCUGCUAACUAUAUUUUAAUGUCUCCUACUUAAAAUUAAAAUUUGACUGUUGGCUGAGUACAGUAUGCAAAAGAUGGCUGGAAAUUCCUAACUAAAGCAGUGUGUUCAGUCCGUCUUAGCUAGGUGAAUUAUAAUUUCAAACAGUCCAUUCUUAUUUUUUAGCUUUAGGAUCAUUUAAAUUCUUUUAUUUAGAACUUUUUCCCCACUUUGUCAAAAAAAAAAAUAGAACUAUAAAUGUGUUUCUUACUAUGAAAUAGAUUUAGCUUAAGAAAUAAAUGACCUAAGCUUGCCUUCCAGAAAGAUUUUUCCAUUUGCUUUUGCUACAAAGCCAGAAGGUCACCUAUGCGGGACUGUCAGCCCCCAACCCAAGUUCCUAAACUGAAACCUGAAGGCAAUGAGUACCUCUGCUUUUCAAAGGUAAAUGUGUUAAUUUCCUAUGAGUCGGUUAUAAGCAGUGUGCAUAUUUUUACAGUAUUCUUGACAUUACCUGAGAAAUAUUUUUCAUGCUAAAUCUUUUAUUGCCAUUUUUCUUGUUCAUUUGGCUCAUUAUUUCAGUCUAAUGAAAAAAAUAAAAGUUUUGAUUGCACUAUUUUAUUAACCUAGAAAUGUAUUUUCUUUCAAAAUUUAAUACUUAAAAAUUAAGCAUAAAACAAUGGCAAGAUAAAUAUAAUCUAUUAAAUCUAUCUGGGACUUAAAGAUUACAUACAUCAAAGCUUGAAUGAAUAUACUGUUCCAAAUUUGGUCAACCUGGGGAAAAUCCACUGUGUAAUGUACCCCAAGUUUGGGUCAUGAGAUUGGUCAGUUCUAAAGCAAGACAGACUGGUACCUAUAUCGACAGUGUUUCCCAUACUCUUCAUAAAGGACACAUAUUAGUUUGGAAAGAGUCUCACUAGACUGUGUCAGGGUUCAAAAUAAUGAAGAUUUAUUUCUCACUGUGCUACCAAGAGUCCAACUUGCUGGUCACUUUGAGGAAAAACAUAGUAUAUUAUUUGCUCCAAAUUCAAAAGGUUAAUGUGAAAUCUUAAAUAUUGGAGCAGAAACCAUAGCAAAUUAAGGAGACCUUCUAGAGGUUUUCAGCUUAUGUUAUAUCUCUCUGGGACUAUAACUCUGUUUGUAGACAUGACUAUGAAAAUGAAUAAAGAUUGAAAAAUAAGUUACCAUAGAGUUUUGACCUUGUUUCCAUGGUUAUGUAAUAUCUAUCAUAAGAAAUUGCUUAAUGGAAUUAAAGUUGAAUACUUGUGCUCUGUCUUCAAGAUUUACAGAUUGCUUACUUAUUAAUAAAACAAUGUAAGUGAAAACACAUGAGGGUAAAAUAAGAUAAAAAUUAUCUAAAGCGAAGUUGUUAACCAGGGUUAGUACAUAAGCUUGGUGGAAUUCAUGAACUCACUGAAAUUACACGUAUAUUUUUACACAUGUGUAUUCGCUUUAUGAGAUAUGCAUAUAUGUAUUCAUUGAUUCUGAGUGAUUUACUUUGAUUUGCUGGCCUGAGAAAAGAAUGCUUAGAUGAUUUUGAGCACUCAAGUAAACCUGAUUAUUAUAAUUUUGAA